UUGUAUAUAACCAUAUAUGUGCUAAAUAUAAAAAUCCAUAUAUUUGUUAAAUAAUUGAAUUUAUUCAUUUUUAUUUAAAGUCCAAAUUUGUAAUUUGGAUGUAUAGGUUAACAAGACUAUUAUGAAAAUUGAAUGUUCUCGUUGUUAGGUUUUCUAACGUGAUUGUUUUUAAUAGACAGUCUGAAAAAAAAUGUCUUUAAAACACGUCGUUGUAGGUGGAGGUACUGGAUUUAUAGGGAAACGUAUAAUAGACUUAUUAUGUCAAGAAGGUAUAACGUAUACAAUUGUUUCACGAAAAUCAGGUCCUAAUAAAAUUUCUUGGACAGACGUAAAGGAAAAUGGUCUUCCAAAACAUACAUCUGCUGUAAUCAAUGUUGCUGGUCAGAAUGUACUUGAUCCAACAAAACGUUGGUCGCCAGGGUUUAAACAAAUUGUUAGAGACAGUCGAGUGAAAACUACAGAAACUUUAGCUAAAGCUAUAGAGCAUACGGAGGCUAAAGCCUUUGUUACUAUUUCUGGUGUUGCAUGUUAUAAACCUAAUGAUACGACAUAUACAGAAGAAAGUGAAUGUAUAUCUUAUGAUUUCUUAUCAGAACUUUGUCGUGACUGGGAAGCUGCAGCACAACUUCCACAGGAGUGUAAAAUUAGACAGGUCACUAUUAGAUCUGGAGUAGUGUUAGGCAAAGACGGUGGGAUGAUAAAACAAAUUUACUUGCCUUUCUUAUUUGGGCUUGGUGGACCUAUUGGUAGUGGAAAUCAAUAUAUGCCAUGGAUACAUAUUAAUGAUCUUGCUAAUAUAUUUUUAUUUGCUAUAAAAAAUGAUAAUGUAUAUGGUAUUUUAAAUGGUGUAGCACCUCAGCCUGUGACUAAUAAGGAGUUUACAAAAGCAUUUGCUCAAGCAUUAAAACGACCUGCUAUAAUACCUGUUCCAAGUAUUGCCUUAAAUCUAAUUUUUAACAAAGAACGUGCAAAAAUGAUGUUGGAGGGACAAAAGGUACUUCCUAAAAGAACUGAGGAAUUGGGAUUUCAAUAUCAGUUUUCUGAUAUAAAUAGUGCCUGCAAAGAUAUUGUUAAAUAAAUUGUACUCAUUUCUUAUUUAUCCAAUAAGAUUUGUAUAUCUAUAAGAGUAUUUAUAAUUAUAAUAGAAAGUAUGUAGUAAAACGCAUAUAAUUAUUAUGUGUUUUAACAUAAUAUUUAUUGACAUAAAUAUAUGUGAAUAAAAUCAAUGUAACUUGAUCUAAGAUAAAAUUAACAUAAAUUUAUAUUAUAUAAUUCAGUCAAUAAAGAUUAACAAUUAACAUUAA